AUGGGCCACUUGGACAUGUUCGAUGUCGAGCUCGUGGGGUUCUGCGUGGCCAGGAUAUUGUCCAAUAUCAGAAGAACAUUAAAAGGCACUCCCUUACUGUCAGGGUACCUCCCAAGACCCCCCACUGUCUCCCUCCGUUUUUGUUGCCCCCUCCCCCAGGAGUUCGCAGCACUUACUAAGGAGCUCAACGUCUGCAGGGAGCAGCUCCUGGAGAGAGAAGAAGAGAUCGCGGAACUGAAGGCGGAAAGAAACAACACCAGGCUGCUGCUGGAGCAUUUGGAGUGCCUCGUGUCCAGGCAUGAGCGGUCCCUGCGGAUGACAGUGGUGAAGCGGCAGGCGCAGUCCCCGGCGGGCGUGUCCAGCGAGGUGGAGGUGCUCAAAGCCCUGAAGUCCUUGUUCGAGCACCACAAAGCCCUGGACGAAAAGGUGCCCUGA